UCACGGCCGAUGUGUGGGAGCACCACCACCAGAAGUUUUAUAAACAGCCUUUCCUGUCGUCGAACAAGCACAAAGCUUCGUUUCAAAUGGUGAAUCAUGUGCGACGGAUCAUCACAUUCGACGACGACAUUGAACGUGCACGUAAACAGAGGAAGAGGACAACUGAGAAUUACUCGUCCGUCAUGGAGUGCUCGACAAGUGGAAUGAACACACUUGCCGCACGCGACACAGCGAAGUUGCAUCUUCGAUUUUUCCCCCGCGAAAAUGCGGUAUUCAAUGGGAACGAAGGUGCGACGGAAACCGCGAAAGUGAUAUUGGAUGCCCUCCUUUGCAAGGACUUAUUUCGAGAAGCUCUUCGCACGUACAUGUCGAAAAAUGGGUGCAAUCCACCGCAUGAGGAAAUGUUAAUACGCACAAGAACGCAUCUUACCAUCGUAGCAACCGCCGAUGGAACAACCAAGGGGGCACUUGUGCAAACUGCGAGGGCUUCACCCUACUUCCACGGGAGAGCGGUGCACAGUGAUGUUGCUGUGAGGGCACAGACAGGAAGUAGAACCAUGAUGUCACACAUUACGAGGAGCAGUACAGAACGCUCAACACUGGUAGCAGACAUGACGACGAGGAGAGGGAAACGAUCAAGAACAACACUAAUGCGGACAACCGAAGAGAAAAAAAACGUCGGAGAUGACAGCGUGGCAGAGGUCGCGGUCGAUAGCAAUCAAGAGAAAACAAUAUCGAUGAAGCAGGAGAACUCAGAGCGAAGCAAAGUGAAAACGCAAAAGGUCGACAAGGGAGCGUCGCACACCGAGAAGAGGCCACAAGCCACAACAAGAGAAGGCGAAAAAGCAACAGAGAGGACGGCGGCGAAGUGCACAAUAAUGACAAUGGAGGCUAUGUUGGAGAGAUGGGAGCACCUGUCACAGAAGGACCCGUGGUACAACAGAAUGUACUUGGCAGCGACAAGGGAAACAAUUCGGUCAGCGGAUCUUGGACAUGCAGAGUCGUGCGGGAAGACGACACAGGCAAACAAGGGCGAGAACGCAUCAAGCUCGUCGGACGAGUUCGAGGUUGUCGACGAGACGAAUAUAUAUCCACUCAUGUGGAAAGGCAAAAGGGAGGAGAUCCGACUGACGGAGGCAGAUGUGAUGUGCUUGGCCGUUGGGAAGUGGCUCAAUGACAAUGUGAUGGAUAUGUAUUUGAUGUCCAUAUACGAAGAGCAAUUGCAAGGUAAGGACACUGCAGCAGUGCAUGUGUGCACAACUUUUUGGCAUCCGGAGGUGCUCGCGAAUCAGAAAGUCGACACGGUGAAAAGGGGAUGGGAGUUGCGUGUGAAGAGUCGGACGACCGAAAUUCAUCGACUGUGUAAAAACCUGGAGGCUGCACCGGUCGUGCUUAUUCCAAUUAACCACAAGCAUCACUGGAUGCUGCUUAUAAUGUUGAAUGUAAGGGAGUUUUGGACCGAUUGCAAAUGCCCCGACGCCGUAAUCGUCGACUCGUGUGACGGGUACGCAACUUUAGAUUGGAGGGCGUUGCGGACAUUAAUGUGGCACGAGUACCUCAACGACAAAAGAAGGGGUCCGAAUGUCGCACGCCAACUGGUGGACAAGUCGUGGAACACUUGCAAAGAUGUGUUUGGUCGUGAACUGAUCCAUGCGAGGUCUUCACAACAAAGUAACAGAGAGGAUUGUGGUGUGUAUGUAUGUUGCAUGGCAGAAAAGUUGAUAACAAAGUUGGCACAUCUCCCAACCGAGAAUGGCUUCUCGAAAGACGACAUACUGGAGAUUGUAGAGAAGAUGCCCAUCGAUGGAAGAACCGUUGGAGACUUCCGUAGGAGAGCUCUCGAUCGCAUUACAGAGUGUGCAGCAACAGCGAAAGACGACGGUGAAGGACGUAACGAGGGCACAUGCGACGAAGGACAAUCGUACGGAGAAGAUGCGAGCAAGGAGGAGGAAGACAGUGAGAAAGGGUAUAGCAACACAAAGGACAGCGAUAGCGAGGUCAAAGAGGAGGAAGACAUAUCUCGGAGCAGCAGCAGGGAAGAAAGGUGUAGCGAAGACAAUACACGAAACACGUCUCGAAAAACACCAGGAGGAAGAAGUCAUGGACGCAGGCACGAUAGCAACGCCAACAAGCAGUUAGUUCUCAAGGAGAAGGCAAUUGAAGGACGACAAUGCGACUGGAAGUGCCCUACAGUUGGGAGCGGGAAACAAAGCGAGACUCACUAGAGAGAGAGAGAGAGAGAGAGAGAGAGAGAGAGAGAGAGAGACAAUAAAAAUAGAAGUGAACAAAUAGCAGGGUCAACU